AUGGCCAUUACGCCGACCCAAUUUGCCAAGAAGACGGCGCAGUCUGCCAAUUGGGCGGACGCGAAGCGUCGAGUCCUCUCCUCCUACCGAGAAUGGCUCCGAGCUGCCCCCGAGGUCCAGACCAUGUACAACAUGCCCAUGCCCGUCUCUACGAUCCGAACCCGAAUGCGACAAGAGUUUGAGCGACACCGAUUUGCGAACAAGCUGUCCGUCGUGGAUGUUCUCCUGUUCAAGUCUCACGCCGAGUACCAGGAGACCAUGAACUUCUGGAAGCAGACCAACCACGUCAUGUCCUACUUCAAGGAGGAGAACUUCCGAGGUGACAAGAGACUACCGUCGAGCUUCAUGACUGGUUUCCUGGAGGGUCGCAACUAA